UGUGCCUCUUCUCAGCUGCGGUUCUUUGAAAGGGCUGCCCUCCCGCACUUGAGGUCUUGUCACCAAGACUACACGUUGAACGUACACUGCUGUCCUAUCCGUCAUCUCGUGCUCAUGCUAGCCUGUGAGGGAAUCACUGCGUCUGCGUUAGCUCUCGCGUCAUCAACUGCUGGAUACCUGAAGUCUUAGUACCAAGAGCUGGAUGUGUAAACUCCGUGAGCCGGCCCCGCAUUCGCUGUCACUGGAGGAUCAGCGACACAGUCAAGCCUGCCCUCGGUGAAAGCUAGUUGCGGAUAUUACCGAUACUAUUGGCGACAAAGACACCUAUCAGGACAUUGGGCGCACCUCCUACUCAGCUUGAGUUCUGACGCUGUAUCGCGUUCAUCACUUCAUACAAGGACGCCUUUUGUCAGCAUAGCUCUGCCCAAAUUGAACGAACCUAAGCCACAAUGGCUCGUAACAGGAUUGGACGAGAAGAGACUAACGAGAAAUCCAAAUACCCGAAGCCGACGCCGACAGAGACAGAUGAUGAGAAGGACGACCCUCUCGAGAUUACGUCCAUCGUGGAACACCUACCCUCACCCGCGCCCGUCACUCCUCAGCCAGAAAUCACAACCAUACCUACUGAGAUACCUACUGAGAUUUCUACUCCGACCAGCUACCUUUCGAGUAUGUCAGGCCCGCCAGAUAGGCCAGACGAUGAUGCACCAAAAUCAGACCGAUCCUACAACACAGGACUACCUGGGCCCGCACGGGGUCGUGACUCCGACCGCGGACAUCCCUCUUCAACGUCGUCUACCUUUAUCACGAAGACAUCUGGCUGGGGCCACAAUGAUAUGGGAACCACCACUCCACCUUCGCCUACACCGGUACAGUCCGACAGUACAUCGUCACCCGAGCCAACAGACGACGAUUUUGGCCUACAGAAUAAUGGAACAGACAACAGUCCCAAUAAAACACCGAUCUACGCCGCCGCUGGUAUUGUGCCGGUCGUGGUCAUUAUCAUAGCGUUCUUUGCUUUCUUCUGUUUACGGAAACGACGACGGCAGAAGCAAACAACUGCCGGACAUGGGCACAUUCAAGAGAUGAAGAUGCAGCCAAGGCCAAUCGAACGACCCUACAUAGCGCCCAUAACACCCCCAUCUCCUCCUCCACAGGCAGUGCUGCCUCAGUAUUCUCCGUCUACACCGUCAUCAAGUCAUCCUCCAACUGCGAGUUCUUCUCAACCUGUAAUCCUCGGACCUAUUCCAUCUGGCAACAAUGGCGCAUACUUGACUGGCAUGGACACUUCCGACCUCGUGUCUAUGAGAUCGGGCGGGGUUAGUAGGCAGGGCACGAUAGUAGACCGAGAUCCUUUUGCGGACGGCAGAAGUCUCGAAGAAGCACCACCGCCAUACCGACCCAGCAGCCUUCCUCCAGCCAGCCUUGUAUCCACCUCCAGGAAUAGCAGCGUCCGGCUGGCAACACCUCCACACACGACUUCACGAACACAACUUAUCGAGCGCUCGCCUUUCGAUGACCCUGAUGACGACGAGAUCUCUGACAUCUCAGGGCCUACCCUGGGCAGGGAUACUGAUGUAAUGUCCGACGUUUCUGACAUCUCGUACCAGAUCGACCCAGUAGUCGGCAGGGCUCCAUUCUGAUAGGCGUUAUUGAAAUGAACCUUACUUUCUUGUCUUAAUGUAUAUAAUCGAGCGCCGUUUUAGUCGCUCUACAUCGACGGACCGCGUUAGGUCUUGACAAAUGCGUGUAUAGGUGUUGAGGCGUUGGCUCGGUAUGAAAACGGCAGCCGUUGAAAAGGGUGCGAUUAUGUUCAGUACCUAGUCCGAGUACAAUCUCCAUGACGAAAUGAGGCGUUUCGUCUCCGAGGACCGCAUACUCGGCUCGGCUAAUAACAAAAGCACAACAUGUUAAAAGACAAAGCAGGGUAAUCGAAGAUCUCGAGAUCA